AUGCUUGAUGUUCCAAAUUUUGAAAGCACAGAAUCUAUUUCUCCCGGUGACAUCUUCUUUUCUGUUGACCAGAAAGCCUUGGUGAUGCAGAAGAAUGGCUUAUUAAAGGACAACAAUGUAACCAAUUUGUACCCGAAACCUGCAUCUUUUCCUCACACGGAUUCUGUUCUUCUUCAGCGUAAUAAAGUAAAUGGCAAUAUCAAUCAUCGAAGAACUUCGACAAGUUCUAGUUCACGAAUGACUAUGACUUCAGCCUCUGCUGCAAGUAGGCAGAGUAGUGGCAAGCUCAGCAGCGACAAUAGUAAGAUAAGUGAUGCUAGUGGUAGAAGUGGGAGCUUCAAGUUCACAGAAAACAGAAUGAAAAAACAAGCAGAAGCUUGGUUUUCUUGUAUGAGGAAGGGGUCUUGCAGGAUCUCAAAAUCACCUGAAAAAGAACGUUUUGAUGAAACAUCAUUCAUCGAGAAGGCAUUUGUGGUUGAAAGCUUGAGACAGUUCUGGGCUGAUAAGCAUCAACCUGGUUCAUUGAAUGGAUUUACAUGCCACAAACAUGAAGCUCAAAUUCUCAGUCAACUUGUAUCACAUGACAGCAUUCCUCACAUAUUGUUGAAGGGCCCAUCUGGUUCUGGUAAAAAAGCGCUAGCAAUGGCUCUGAUUGGUGAAAUAUUUGGUGAUUCUUGUUGGAAUAAAACACAUGAUUUAAGAUAUUUCCUGGUUCAGGAACAAAGGGCAGCAGCGCAGGUAGCGGUUCCAAUAACAUCCAGUGCUCACCAUGUAGAGAUCAAUGUAAAUUCGGAACCAAAUGCUAAAUAUGCAUUAAUGGGUUUAGUGAAGGAAAUAAGCAAAACUUAUGCUAUUAUCCCUGAAGUUAGCCAUGUCAAUCUUAACCCAGAUUAUAAAGUAUUAGUUCUUUAUGAGGUUGACAAAGCACCAGAGAACAUCCAGCACUUGAUAAAAUGGAUCAUGGACUGUUACACAGAUGCUUGUAAACUCAUAAUCUGCUGUGAAGAUGAUUCAGACAUUCUAGAAACUGUAAAAAAUCGCUGCAAAGUUUUAAAAGUCGAUGCUCCUGUGACCCAUGAGAUCAUGGAGGUUCUCAUUCAGAUAGCAAGCAAAGAAGAGUUUGAUCUACCGAUGAGCUUUGCUGCUAAAAUAGCUGCCAAAUCGAAGCAGAACCUGAGAAAAGCAAUCAUGGCUCUUGAAGCCUGCAAAGCACACAACUAUCCUUUUUCGGAUGAUCAGCCGAUCCCAUUUGGAUGGGAAGAGGUUUUGGUAGAGCUUGCAACAGAAAUCCUGAUUGAUCCAUCACCUAAUAAGUAUGAUUUAUCUAACUGGAUUAUUUUCCAUACGGGGAAAGUUUCAAAAGCUUCUUCUGGAUUUCGUUCACCCCAAACUGAUUCUCCAGGUGAUGCAUUUGACAUCUCUCAGCUGAAAUAA